UUUACUAAAGGAAGCCCAUUUGUGAGAUGCACAUUUUAACCAGUACAAUUAACAAGAGAAUGAAACAAUAUCGUAAGCCUAGGGAAGGCACCAGAAGGAUGAGGCAGCUGGUGCUGCUGCAGCAGGUCUUCCCUGGGGCAUCCCCUUCCAUCCCUAACUCCGGACCAUGUACCGUACUGCUCUGUACUUCUUUAAGCCCUCUGGACAGACGCAGGCUGGGGAAGGAGAGGGAGACGGGCAGGCUGGUGGUUCCUGUUUCAUUUCGCUCCGGAGGGGCGGAGCUGACUCUGAUUGGCUUCCUCCAGGGUGGGCGGACCAUUUGCCCUCGGAGGCAGACUUGCAGGUCCCUGUGCCCUUCCUGCCCUGUGAGUUCCUGCUGGGGCUGGCGGAGGACUUAGGGAUGCUCCAGCGGUUGGUGUUCGGGCGCUGCUCGCCCCCGGGGCUGCUGCUGCUGCUGCUGUGCUUGGCGCGCACGUGCCCGAGCGCUGCGCCUCGGCGGCCCGUCAACUUGGUCUUCGUGCUGGCCGACGACCUGGGCUGGGGCGACGUCGGCUGGCACGGCUCCGAAAUCCGCACCCCGACCCUGGACGCGCUGGGGGCGGGCGGCGUGCGCCUGGAGAGCUACUACACGCAGCCGCUGUGCACCCCGUCGCGCAGCCAGCUGCUCACCGGCAGGUACCAGAUCCAUACAGGCUUACAGCAUGAAAUAAUUUGGCCGUGUCAGCCCAGCUGUGUCCCACUGCAUGAAAAACUCCUGCCUGAGCUACUUAAAGAGGCAGGAUAUGUUACCCACAUGGUGGGAAAGUGGCAUUUAGGAAUGUACAGAAAAGAAUGCCUUCCAACCCGCAGAGGAUUUGAUACUUACUUUGGUUAUCUUCUUGGAAGUGAAGAUUACUAUUCUCACGAGCGCUGUGUGGCCAUCGAAGCGAAGAACGUAACUCGAUGUGCUCUUGAUUUUCGAGAGGGAGAAGAAGUUGCAGGUGGAUUUAAAGACAUGUACUCUACUAAUGUGUUUACAGAAAGAGCAGUAGAUCUUAUAGCUAAUCACCAGACUGAGAAGCCUCUCUUUCUAUACCUCGCUCUGCAAUCAGUCCACGAGCCUCUUCAAGUACCUGAGAAAUACAUAGAGCCAUAUUCUUUUAUCAAAGACAAAAAGAGACGCAAAUAUGCGGGAAUGGUGUCUAUUAUGGAUGAAGCUGUGGGAAAUGUCACUGCAGCCCUGAAGAAGUACGGCCUUUGGAACAACACGGUUCUAAUAUUUUCUACAGAUAAUGGGGGCCAAACGUUGGCAGGUGGAAACAAUUGGCCAUUAAGAGGAAGAAAAUGGACACUGUGGGAAGGCGGAGUGAGAGGAGUGGGAUUUGUUGCAAGUCCUUUACUGAAACGGAAGGGAGUGGAAAGUCAUGACCUUAUCCACAUUUCUGAUUGGCUGCCAACCCUGGUGAAGCUCGCUGGAGGGUCUACGAAUGGCACAAAGCGUCUAGAUGGUUUUGAUGUCUGGAGAACAAUCAGUGAAGGCGAACCUUCCCCCAGAACGGAGCUGCUUCAUAACAUAGACCCGAUUUUUGUGGAUCCGUCUGCAUGUGCAGGUAUCAGCAACAGAACUUCAUCACAGAGUAAUUAUUUUUCCUGGGAAGAUUCAAUUUUUAAUACCUCCAUACAUGCUGCAAUUCGACAUGGAAAAUGGAAACUACUAACCGGCAAUCCAGGUUGCUCCCACUGGUUUCCACCGCCAUCUUUAUUUGAUGAGUCAGAGGCUCUGUCUUCAGACCCUCCAAGAAAGAAACUUUGGCUCUAUGAUAUUGUUAAUGAUCCCAAGGAACGAAGUGACUUGUCAGAACAAUAUCCUGACAUUGUGAAAAAGCUCCUUUUGCGUCUCCAGCACUAUAACAAUAACUCCGUUCCCGUGUUCUACCCAGAAAAUGACCCUCAUUGUGACCCAGGAACGAAGAAAGCCUGGGGGCCUUGGAUGUAGGAAACUGCUCAGCAGCCCGAGAAAGGUAUAUCCAGGGUAGUCAUAGAGC